CAUAGUAUGAUGCACACGCACAGCAGAGGACGGCUGUUUAUGUGCGCAACUUAUUGUGCGCAACCUACCCACUAACGUGCGUGGUUUCUGCGAAACAUGGUUUCUGCGAUAACGUUGACGAAGGAAACAUCCAGAAGAGAAGAGCACCGACGCUGCAAGAAGUCAGACUUUUAUCGAUUAAGACGAUAGACAAUAUUGUAUUUACAUUUUUAUACGGAAUCUGUAGUGGCUUUAGUAGUUUUGAAGCUAAUAUGGUUGACUAACACUUUCUACAAAACUGUACCGUGCGCCUUGAAGAUCUGUAAGCACGUUAAAUGCCGUCUGGAUACGAGCACAUUUAAAUAACUUUGGGAUAGCUUGCAAUGCUCUCAAAGUACGAGAAAGAGUUGAUAAGUGAGAUAUGGGAAAAACUGACUCCUGUGGCAUCUGAGAUUGGAGCAGACGCUCUCUUCAGGAUGUUCACGACUUUCCCCGGCAGUAAGACUUACUUUGCGCACCUGAAUAUCAAUCAUCGGUCCCCACACCUGCUGUCCCACGGGAAAAAUAUAGUGCUGGCCAUAGCAGAGGGAGCGCGAGACAUCAGCUCGCUAACUGUUACCUUGGCACCUCUUCAGACCCUUCAUGCAUACCAACUUCGAAUUGACCCAAUCAAUUUUAAGCUUCUUUCUCACUGUAUCCUCGUGACUCUGGCGUGUCACUUGAGGGGAAACUUCACAUCAGUGGCACACGCGGCCAUGGACAAGUACCUCUCGGCCUUAGCAGCUGUGCUUUCUGAGAAAUACAGAUAAAGGGACCAGCAUAUGACAUGCGUGUUCUAUUAAAUUAUUUAUAAUGUAUUUACUGAAUAUGUAUUCAUUAACUUUUUUCUUUGCCUAAUAAACUUUUAACACAAAAUGUCA